AUGAAGGAAAACACGACGGACAACAUCAAAGUCCUCGUCCGCGUCCGGCCGUUCGACCAUCGCGAGAACAAUUCUAACAAUCAAACGACGAAGUGCGUGUUUGCGGACGAGAUAUCGAACGUGAUCGAAUUAAAAGGGAAAACGAACAACGCGCAAGGGACGUUUAAAUUUGAUUUCGUGCGCAACGAACAGUCCUCGCAAAGGGCGAUUUUUUCAACCAUUGGCGAAUCGGUGGUGGAGAAAUUUUUGGAAGGUUUUCACGGGUGCGUGAUUGCGUACGGGCAAACAGGGGCGGGGAAGACGUACACCAUGCAAGGGUUUGGAGAUGCGAUCGAAAACGAGGGAGAGGAUGACGCGGAAAAUAAUAAGAGUAACGACGUUGGAUUGAUCCCGCGAGCGUUGCGAAGGAUAUUCGAGUUUACGAAAAAUACCGCGAGCGAUGAUGAAGACGUGACGCACGAAGUGACGUGCGCGUAUUUGGAGAUUUAUAACGAGCAGCUGACAGAUUUGUUGAGUAGUGGUGAUGGUAAUGGGGAUUGUAUCGCGAUGGACGGGAUGAUGGUGGAGGAUAGCGGGAAUAAUACCGGAUCGAUUCCGUCGUUUGGGUCGUUUAGCGGAGGGGAGUUGGCGAUACGCGAAGAUCCAAAGAAAGGUACGUUCGUGGAAAAUUUGACGAAAGUUAAGGUGAAUUCCGCGGAAGAGACGUACGAGGCGUUUUUGAGAGGCUCGGCGAGGCGACGAGUUGGCGAAACGGAGAUGAAUAGAAACUCGUCUCGUUCGCACUCGGUGUUUUCGGUGACGCUAACUUCGACGACCAGAGGGCGCACGACCAAGGAGAAAAAACGGACGUUACACUUAGUCGAUUUAGCUGGUUCGGAGAGACAAAAAGCAACCGAGGCGACUGGGGCGAGAUUAAAAGAAGCGUCUGCGAUUAAUAAGUCGUUAUCUGCGCUUGGGAACGUGAUAAAAUCACUCGUAGAUGUGGCCAACGGGAGAGAUAGGCACGUGGCGUUUCGAGAUUCCAAGUUGACGUGGUUGUUAAAAGACGCCUUGGGCGGGAACGCGAAAUGUGCGGUGAUUGCGUGCGUAUCGCCGGCGUUAAUUAACGCGGACGAGACGGCGUCGACGUUGAAGUUUGCGAAUAGAGCAAAGUUGGUCAAAGUGAGAGCGCAAGUAAACGAACGCGCGUUUCACAAUCACAUGAACUUUGGGAAUACGCCCUACAAAAGUAAAGCUAAUAGUAAUAACAAUAAUACGAACAACAAUGCGACCGCUAUGGACGCGGAAGUGACGCGAUUGAGGGCGAUGAUUGAUGAAAUAGUAGCAACGACGACGACGACGAAAACGUCAUCUUCAUCGGCAUUUUUAGCAGCGGCGUUGGGCGAAGACGCGCGCAUGGAAGAAGGGGGCGAGAACAGCACUAGCACAGCCUCUUCAAAAAUUGCCGAACUGGUCUUAAAUGGCAUGAAACGCGCGUCGGCUUUGGAAAAGAAUAUUUUGGAGACGAAUCGUGCGAAUCUGGUGUGGCAACGAGAUGCCGUCGCCAAACAAGCGCACCUCGAAUCGAAAGUAAAUGAUCUCAACGAACUCGUCGAACGUUUAGAACAAAACAUCAGCUCUACGCAGAUGGUUCUAAAGCUUCGCGAAGCGUCGUUGAAAAAACACGGAAUAGACAAAGACGACGUCGACCGCGAGUUAUUGGAGUUGCGCAAAAUUGUCAGCGUCCCUCCGGAAGUUGUCAAAUUGCGCAUGGAACUCGCGCGAGUUACCGAGGGAUUAGAAAGAGCCGAAGCCGAAGCAUCUUCAUCCAAUACCAAAGGAGAAUACGCGAGAAUGGUGGAAGAAUUAAAUUGCAUGCGCGCAGUUAAUGUAGAACAAAGCGAACUCGCUUCGACUGCGUUGGAGCAGAAGCUCUGGUUCGAGAAGGAGAAAAUCGCCCUCUUGGAAAACUUGCGAGAGGUUGAAAGCAAAGUCGAACUCGCGGAACUUCGCGCGGUAGACGCAGAAGCAAACCAAUUUCGAGCCGAGAAUGCGAAAAGCGAAGCCGAGCGCGCGUAUAUCGAAUCGCAGAAAAUCACCGACGACGCGGUAAAGGAAAAAGUCCGAGUGGAAUCUACGUUUGCGGAAAACAAACAAGUCAUGGAGGAGAUGUUUGCACGAUUAGAGGAGGAGACGAAGAAGAGAGACGAGAUGGAAACGGAGUGUCAAACGUUAAGAGAAGCGAGCCAAACAAUGCAAGACCAGAUGUUGGAGAAGGGCAAGGAGCUGGACGCGUUCAAAGAGAAGUUGCAAGUCUUGGAAGCGGAAGCGGAGAAAUCGAAAUCGGCUUUGAGAGACUCCGAGAGCAGUUUACAGAACGCUUUAGGGAAGCAAAACGACCUCGCUUCAGAGACGGAGAAUAAGUUAAAAGCGUCUGAGAUGGAAUUUGGUCGUCAGAAAGAGGAGAUGAUGCAAGAGAAGAUUCAAAUGCAAAAAUCCAUGGAGGAGGAGAUUGCGAAAGCGAGAAAGGCAUCGGCGGAUGAGAUUGCGGCGAUGAAGGUAAAAUUGGACGAAGAGACAACGUUAGCGAUAGAAGCUGUGAAAGCGGAGAAAGAGACCAUGUUUGAUACUUUGAAGAGGAUGGAAUUAGAGAUGCAAACGUUGCGAGAGACUACGGACGAACGCGUCCAAACGGCGGAAAAUGUAGCCAAGGAGAAACUCGCGCUCGAAUUGAAAGCUUUAGAAGAGGAAACGGAACGCGUCACAAAGGAGCGGGCAAAUUUAGAGGCUUCGUUCGAUGCUAAACGCGCGGAGUUAGAACGCUCGUUCGAAGAGAAAGAACGUCUGGUCACGUCAACGUGCGAAAUGAAAGUUGCCGCAUCCAAAGCGGCUGCCGCGAGCGAAUUCAAAGCCGCCGCCGCGUUGCAGCUCAAAGUGAAAGAUCUCACUCGGAAACUCGAAGAGAUGAAAGACAGCAACAACAAAAGCGACAACGCCAUGGUGGCUACUGCUACAACUACUACACAUACAACUACAACAGCAUCAACGCCAACUCCUGUGAAAGCCACAACAACUACUACAAAUACAUCGCUGCUCUUGAAAUCCGGCGGAGCUCGAAGAGUCUUGCAACCGCUCAAUCAUCAUUUCGAGUCGCAAGAUAAUGAAGACGACAGAGAAGACGAUCACUCAUUCCACGCGUCGAAGAAACCAAGAACUCUCGCCGACGCCGACGACGAUGAAAACCCCCGUUCGCCUCUCGUUCUCAACCGUUGA